AUGGCUUGGUCUAGUGUUUAUACAUUGGGUUUAGUACUUGUGCUCCUACGUGGGUCCGAAUGGGGCGCGUUCAACGCAACGCUUGGAGGACGCUUGGGUCGAGGGGUCCCUUUUGCGCGGGAUUGCUUUGAGAGCGUUGAUUUUGGGGUUGGCCCAACUGCUCCGGGUACCCAGUGCUCUACUGUUCAAGCCAAGUACCCUGAUAAUGCAUUUCGUGCUCAGCUGUACGGCCCGAGACAAGUAACUCAAUGGGAAAUAUGCCAAAAAACGAAUGAAGGCUGCUUAUUGGAUUCUAACAAUCCAACCAACUCCAGCGCAUACUCGCCUCCUGCGCACGAUUUUCUGGGGCGGAGUAGUGCCCCUGCAACACUGUCUUUACCCAGAAUAUCAAAUAUAUCACUUAUUCGAGCUCCUUCACCCCCGAAGGAUGCAAAGAAAAGUACAAGGGGUGGUGGUCACUCGGUCCUGACGAAUACUUACGGCCUGGGAGCCGAUCGAGUCGUUCAGUUCAAGGUAGUCACCCCCGAUGGCCUUUAUCGUACCGCCAACGCCUGUCAGAACAAGGAUUUAUUUUGGGCUCUGCGGGGCGGUGGGGGUGGGACUUUUGGCCUGGUAUUGGAAGCCACUAGUGAAGUUGCUCCUAAGCCGAUACCCACAGUCAGCUUUUCAUGGAGUCUUACUCCCACACCAGAGAACCUAAGGUCAUUCAUGACUAUCCUUGUGGAAAACGCCGUCCGCUGGUCACAAGAGGGAUGGGGAGGAUACGUGUAUACCCCCGCAGGCAUCAUUGCGAAUCCCCUCCUUAACGCGUCACAAGCAGCACAGAGUCUAAAACCCAUUACUGACUUUUUCAAGAACGUGACGAAUGGCGCUGGAGGGGGCGCUGGGAGUGGCGCUCAAGGGCAAUGGGCGGAAUACUCGACCUUCUUGCCACUUUUUACGGCAAUUGUGUCUGGGUCUGGUAUUCCGAAUCCAAAAAACCGCGCAAUUGCUUCGCGUCUCGUCCCCAGAUCCCUUUUCAAUCCAGCCAACUCCUCCGCUCUCGUCGAAGCAGCACUUGAAGUGAUCACGCGCUCGUCUGGUACCGCUUCGUUCUAUUUCGCUACUCCGUUUUUGUACGACGUCAAAAAAACUCAACAAGGGGACUCGAGCGUUACUCCCGCUUGGCGGGAUGCGGUCUGGCAUGCUUUGGUUGAUAUCGAGUGGCCCUGGGAUGGAGGAGCGGAACAGGCAAAAGCGACAUAUAAAAGGCUAGUUACGCGAUGGAUCCACUCAGGAAGCUUACGCCAGGAGGGGCGCAUACCAGACCUUAAUGUCCACGUGCGACACAAUUCAACCAAAGGAACCACGCUGUCCGAUCGUACCUUGCCGACUUCUCCCCGUGAGGGAUAUAAAACCCGAGCAAGAACCCAAGAUGUUCCUGUUUCCGUCUUCUCCCCUCCUCGCUCGACGAUGGCUUACCCCGCGGUGUUGGCGGCCUUGGUGGGAUUCGUAGUGGCCAGAAGCCCGUAUGAUUUACCGGAGUCAGAGUGGGCUUCGUUAAAUGCAACGGUUGGAGGACGACUGGGGAGAGGUGUACCAUUGGCCAGGGAUUGUUAUGCUCAAGCUGGAGUCAAUGUCACGGGGCCGGCGGCAGGGUUAAACUGUGCAACAGUGCAGAGCAAGUAUGCGACUGACAGUGAGUGGGCAUUUUGGGCGAUAGUGACCGGAGUUAACAAGUCGGAUCGGAAGCCUGGAGAGCUGGUAUUUACGGGGCUCGGAUGGAGUUACAAUGGGAAACGUGCCAAAAGACGAACCAGGGCUGUUUACUCGACCCCAACAACACCAGCAAUGCGACUGCGUUUUCAGCACCACGAGUGUGCGACCAAGGUAGCAUAUCUCCGUACUAUUCAAGACCGCAGCAGACGUAACUCAGGGAUUCGCCUUCUCAAAAAGGACGGGCGUGCCGCUUUCAAUCAAGAACACCGGCAGUUUCUCUCUUUCUGUGUCGGUGCGCCGGGAACGUUGGCAUUUUACACGAAUAAUAUCAAAUAUAUAAACUAUUCAGCGGCUUUUGUUCCAGAGGGAUGUAAACAAGACGGCGCCCCGGCCUUGACUUAUGGCGCUGGACAAGACUUGGAGUCUUUAUUCCUUUUUGCUGACAAGAACAACCUCACGUUUAUCGGCGGGAGUACCAGGACUGUUGGUGCCGCUGGAGGUUGGGUCCAGGGCGGAGGUCAUGGAAUCCUUACCAACACAUAUGGUUUGGGCUCCGAUAGGGUUCUUCAGUUCAAGGUCGUAACUCCUGACGGGCGAUCCCGAGUCGCCAAUGCUUGCCAAAACCAGGACCUUUUCUGGGCAUUACGAGGUGGAGGAGGCGGGACAUUUGGCGUUGUGCUGGAAGCGACGAGUCAGGUUGUACCUAAUCCCGUGGGCACAGUGUCCCUUCGAUGGCAACUUGUCCCCACGCCUGCCAACAUUCAAGCCAUGUUCAAGAUUUUCGUUGAGAACAGCGUUCGAUGGUCUCAAGAAGGCUGGGGCGGAUUCCUUUACCCUACGACUUCCCUCCUUGCCAAUCCACGGUUGAACAGAACAGCGGCCGAGGCCAGUCUCAAACCCCUGACCGACUUCUUGAGAGGUGUGCCGGAUGGCGCGGGUGGGAGCGCCGGGAGCGGAGCACAAGUUCAGUGGAGCCAGUAUGACAGUUUUUUACCGCUCUUGUCGGCUAUUGUAACAGGAUCCGCCACUACCAAGCCCCGAAACUUCGCCAUGUCAUCCCGCCUAAUUCCCCAAACAGCAUUCUCGAACGCAACCUCACUGCUUGCCGCCAUGCUCCAAUCGUAUCAAACCGCCGGAGGGAGCGUUGCGUACUAUAUGACUACCCCAUUCUCGUACCAAGUCCCCAACACUGAGCAAGGAAAAACGAGCGUCACCCCAGCGUGGCGAGGGGCCGUGUGGCACGCCAUCGCCUCUUCUUCAUGGGGCUACGAUGCUGGACCAGACGUUGCCAAACAGGCUUAUGUCAGGGUUAACUCGGCGAUGAAUCCUUUACGGGCGAUCACACCGAAUAGCGGGGCGUAUCACAACGAGGCAGACGUUUACGAGCCUAAUACGUCGCAGUCAUUCUGGGGAUCGAACUAUCCUGCAUUGUACGCGAUCAAGCAAAAGUAUGACCCGGACAAAUUACUGGACUGUUGGCAUUGUGUGGGAUGGCAGGGCAAAAGCACACCCAUUGCAUCAUGUUAUUUCUAG